GAUAAAUAUCAGCCAAUUCUCUCUCUCCCUAGAGGGGCAGGGAGAGAGGUGCCUUCUGCACCAUCCAAGGGCUGAGGACAAGUAGCUGAAGUCGUUCUGUUCUUGGAACUGCAGCAGAGCCAGGGCAGUGCAGGCACCCCCACAGGUUACUUUAAAUAGAAGAGGAAAGGAAAUUAAGAGAGGAACCGGCAAAGCUCAUCUCACGUCUCAGACUUGAUUCUCUGACCUUUUUUUUACUCUCUGUGUCCCCCCGCAAAAAUCUGCUUUUCAUCUGCACCAUUCCAACCUCCUGCAACAGAGGAACUCCCCGAAGCUUUUUUUUUGAGCCCCUUUUCAAAGCUUCCACCUCGGCAGCCAAACACCGGACUUCGUUUCUGUGCCAAAGACAUGAAGCACCGUCUGGGCUUCUUGCUGCAGAAGUCAGAUUCCUGUGACUACGGCUCUUCCCAUGGCAAGAAGGAGAAGUUGUCUUCAAGCCAGAGGCUUAGCCAAGAGGAAGUCAGAAAAUGGGCAGAGUCUUUGGAAAAUUUGAUCCAUCAUGACAGAGGACUGGCUGCUUUCCGUGCUUUUCUCAAAUCUGAGUACAGCGAAGAAAACAUCGAGUUCUGGGUCAGCUGUGAGGAGUACAAGAAAACCAAGUCACCAGCCAAGCUCAGCCCCAAGGCCAGGAAGAUCUACGAUGAGUUCAUCUCAGUGCAGGCCACAAAAGAGGUGAACUUGGAUUCAUGCACACGGGAGAAGACGAGCCACAACAUGCUGGAGCCUACGCUGUCCUGCUUUGAUGAGGCUCAGAGAAAAAUAUUCACCCUCAUGGAGAAGGAUUCUUACCGUCGCUUCCUCAAGUCCCCUUACUACCUGGACUUGGUCAGCCCGCCUGGUGCCGGCUGUGGGCCCGAAAACUGCAAAAGAAACCACACUCACAGCUUAGACUGCAACUCCAACAUCAUCUCUCAGUGUGCCUGAACCCGCAGCGAGGCAGGGGCGGGCCGGGCUCUUGCAGAAUAUGUGGCAGCAAAAGCAUUCAUUGGCAUGAAGCAACAGAGCUGUCUCCAGUAGCUGUCUAAUGUUCAGUUGUAUCCCAUGUCAUGCAGCAGCCAGCAUUUGUAACCCAAUCCAGGCUCGGUGUGCGUAGCAAGCCCUCCUCCGAUGGGUCGGUGUAGGAGCGCUGGGGUGUGUGUCUGGCAGGAGCUGGGGGCGGUCGCUGCGUGUGCCGGGGCUCUGCCGAGCCCCGUGAGCCCAGCAGGGUGCUGGGGGGCUCCGCCAGCCCUGGCUCUGCCCACGGAGGGACCAGACUGGCGAGGUCACCGUGUGACACCCAGCGAGGUGCAGGGCAGAGAGGAAGCUGAAGGAAGUGCUGGGGAUGGUGAUCUCCCCUUUCUAAUCUGCAGAGGUUUAGGUGGAAAGGGCUGGCUCUGGUUCUUAGCCGUUCACAACUCCCAAAUGUCCAGGCUGUCAGGAGUGUUUGCUCAGAGCUCAGGCUGUGCUGCAUUGCAGUGUCAGGCACAGGAAGAGCUGCUACUCUUUCCUGAAGGGAGACCAGCACUUUUCAGACAGCCUCCCUCAAUCAUCACAGCCACAGUCGCAGGGAAGCUCAGCCUCCCUCAGUCAUCAUGGGAAGCUCUUCCCCCUGGCUGCUGCUCCCUCUGUAGCACCCCGUUUAUGCUGGCCAAGGAUCUUCCCUAGGCUGUGCAGAGCUGUCACUUUGGGGGAGGCUCAUUAUUUCUUAUGUUAUUAAUUGCGACCUUCGUGCUCCCAGGUUAAACAGCCCAGCAGAGCAGAACAGAGACGUGUUCCUUCUCUCCCAGACAGGUGUAUAUUCCUGACUCUAGCAGUGCCAUUUCAGGUUUGCCUGUCCUGGCUUGCGAGAAGCAGUUUGUGAGGGAAUAGGAGCACCAUAUCUGAGGAGGAAAGGCCCUGCUUGGGAGUACUUGAAAAUGUUGGAGUUUUCUAAGGUGUUAUUCAUGUAUUUCAGUAGCAGCAUGGCUCACUUUUCCUGAAGAUGGUCGGAGGAAUGUGUCUGUCUCAUUACUGCUCCGGGGCUUUGCCAGAAGGCAGCUGACUUUUAAUAGCUGUGGUGAGGCACGGCCUUUGCUGUGGCUUUGGCGCUGGCCCGUGGUGGGAAGCACAGGAGGCAGCUGCAGGAUUGCUGCCGUGAGCUGCAGCGCCCGGUGUGUCUCACUGUGCCCCAGCCUUGGUCUCUCCUUCAGCAGGCAUUGCUGCUCUGGCCACUGUGUGCCCUGCGCUCUGCAUCCCAGUCCAGACAGCAGCUCUCACACCGGGGUUUUGGCACGGCACGAGGAGGCUGUGGCUCUCCAGGCCCAUAGAGAAACUUCUUUUUUAACAUGUGCUUUAUUUUGUAUUUAUUCAAUGUACCAACACCUAUCACCCUGCAUGCUCAGCUAAGAGAUGUUCAGCUUGCUAAAGCGCUGAGCAUAGCCAAGCAUGUGGCUAUGUUUUAUUUUCCCCUGGUACUGGGAGCUCUUGGUAACUAUUGCAAAAAUUGUAUCGAUAUUUAAACAAUGAUGAAUGCAGUCUAAAUAAAAAUGUUUGUGUUAGUCCCUUCUAAA